AUGAAUGCUGAUGUUAUUGUUGUUGUUGCCGGCCAGGGCGCCGGAGCAGCAGGUUUCCCAGUCAAUGUACUGGAGAACUUUCUGAGCAACCAGCCUGAGCCAGUGCUUUUCCCCAGGCGGGCCCUGAAUCAGAUUUUCGCUGUGCUGCUCAUGCGAUCCGCCUAUGAAGCGGUCGAUACUCUGGACUUCAUUCCAAUGGAUAGGUUCCAAGCACAGUUCUGGAAGCUGCGGCAGGCAGAAUAUGAGCCAUACUUGACACAGAGACUUCCCCUGAAAGUUCGCCAGGGAGACCUGACAGAUCCCAGCUACUUUGACUUCAUCAGCUUUGCCCAGCUCGCCACCAUCUCCAGGGAGAUACCUCUUGGCCAGCAAGCUUUUGAGGAAUUUUGUGAGGACUGCGAGGGCCAGAAGAAGUUCAUCCAGAGGAGCGCAGAGCUGCAGAGCAAUGCAGAGCUGCCGGCCGCUUUUGAGCGCGCGACUGGAGACCAGAUCUAUAACGGCCUCCUUAGCGGCUUUCGUGGUGUGCACUUUGGCGCUCCACAGCCGUCGCCGACGCGGACACCGAUAGCUGAGCUGGCAGGGAACGCACAGCGUAUCCUGGACAUCUUUGCAGCCAACGGCUAUGCCAUUAAGGCCACGGUCUCCGACGUGGUUCCCUCCCGCAGCUGCGGCAGCGUGGAGUGGCACGGCGCCUGCCCCAGUGCCGGCAGCUUCCGUGUGCGGCUCGAAGGCCCCGCCACGCUCUGGGGGACGGCUGCUCUUGAGAACAGGCGGGCAAUCGCGAGCGCGUACGAUGCGAUGGCGGUUGAGGCGUACCUCCGGAGCAGCGGCUGCAGCGCGUCCUACUCCAUCCGCCACACAGACACGGCCAUCGAGGAGUUCUGGACCGUUGCAUGA